AUGACUACUACUAAGACUACUACUAAGACUACUAAGACUACUACUAAGACUACUACUAAGACUACUACUAAGACUACUACUAAGACUACUAAGACUACUAUUACUAAGGCUAAGACUACUACUAAGACUACUACUACUAAGACUAAGACUACUACUAAGACUACUGCUAAGACAACUACUAAGACUAAGACUACUACUAAGACUACUAAGACUACUAAGACUACUAAGACUACUACUACUAAGACUAAGACUACUACUAAGACUAAGACUACUACUACUAAGACUACUAAGACUACUACUACUAAGACUAAGACUACUAAGACUAAGACUACUGCUAAGACAACUACUAAGACUAAGACUACUAAGACUAAGACUACUAAGACUAAGACUACUAAGACUAAGACUACUAAGACUAAGACUACUAAGACUAAGACUAAAACUACUAAGACUAAAACUACUAAGACUACUACUACUAAGACUAAGACUACUAAGACUAGGACUACUGCUAAGACAACUACUAAGACUAAGACUAAGACUAAGACUAAGACUACUACUAAGACUAAGACU